AUGGCUGCAGCUGCCGACAACGCACCCGGUCCAUCCGACCCGGCGAGGGCCCCUUCCUCGUCGUCCUCGACCCCGACCCCGCCCCCGCCGCGGCCGCGCAUCGACACCCUCAUCCUCGAUGCGGGCGCCCUCAUCUCACAGACACCCCUCGCAAACCUCGCCACUCACUACAUCAUGCCUCCCGCCGUCCUCGCGGAGCUCAAGGACGUCUCGGCGCGAAACUACCUCGCCUCGCUCCAGAUGCGCAACGACUUUGACCUCGAGCUCGUACAGCCCUCGUCCGAGUCCAUGGCCGCCGUCACCGACUUUGCGCGCAGGACCGGUGACCUCGCCGUCCUCUCCAAGCAGGACCUCGAGGUCCUCGCACUCACCUGGAUGAAGGAGAACGACAAGUUCGGAGGCUGGAGGAUCCGCAAAGAGGUCGGCGGAAAGACGGGCCAGCAGAUGUACGACCUCGGACUCACCUCAGAGAAGCCGCCGCAGCUCGCCGACGGGGAGGGGAAAAAGAAGAAGAAGAAGGGAUCCAAGAAGCCGAAACAGGCCAAGUUGGCACAAGAGGCGGCGGCAAAGGGAGACGAAGGCCAGGCCGACGACGACCAGUUUGAGGAGACGCCAGAGGCCCCCGUCGAGGCGGUCGAAUCGUCCAAGGACGCGGACGCAGAGCUCGCACAGCAGCUCGACGCAAAGGCCACACUCGAGCAGAAUUCGACCCAGGCGGCAUCACAGCAGCCGACAGAAUCCUCGCCCGGCGAUGGCCGCUCCGCGCAGGCGGACGCCCACAUCGACACGGCGCCGGCCAACGAGGAAGAGGUCGAGGUGGUCGAGGAUGAGUUCGAUGAAGACGACGGCGAGGGAGAGUGGAUCACGCCGACCAACAUCCAAUACCACAAGAACGUCUCGCUCGGCCUCAUCACGCACGAGACCAAGCCACCGGCGCCCGCGCAGGCCGACGGCGGACGCCGCCCAAGGGGCUGGGAGACGGUCUCGCGGCCGCACAAGGAGAGCAGCGCGCGCAGCAAGUCUCGCUCGCACCACCUGCCCUUUGGCGCCGGGCGAGCGGCGGGCGCCAAGAGCAAGGCCAAGCAGCCGCAGCACCUGGCCGUGGCGUGCAUGACGGGCGAUUUCGCCAUCCAGAACGUGCUGCUCCAGAUCGGCCUGGCGCUGGUGGGCAUCAACGGGCAGCAGAUUUCGCAGGUCAAGUCGUACGUGCUGCGCUGCCACGCCUGCAUGAAGGUGUGCAAGGACAUGGAGAAAAAGUGGUGUCCGAGCUGCGGCAACGCCACCCUGAUGCGCGUCACGGCCUCGGUCGACACGCGCGAUGCCGGCAAGGGUGGCGACGGGCUCAAGGUGCACCUCAAGCCCAACUUCGAAUACCGCAAGCGCGGAACCGUGUACAGCAUGCCGCUGCCCAAGCCCGGCAGCGCAUCGGGCGGCAAGACGUCCGGGUCCAACCUCAUCCUCCGCGAGGACCAGGUCGAGUGGCAGCGGGCCGUGGCGCUCGAGGAGAGCCGGAAGAGGAAGGAGGAGAGGAGGAGGCAGAGGGCCCUCGAACAGGGUAAAGAUAGCCUCUCGAUGCGCUACGAAGAGGCGUGGGACGCCGGCGAAAUGUUCCUCUACGGCGACUCGGCGCCCAAGACGGGCGGACUGCCCGCAAUCGGCAUGGGACGCAAGAACCCGAACGAGGCCAGGAGGGCGAGGAAGUAG